GGUUGAGAAUUGUUUCAAAGAGAUCAGAAACAGAGUUGAUGAAGCCUGGAGUGGAUGUAAACAGAUGCGUUCCCUCAUCGGAGGAGUCUGUACCUGCCUGGAGGGAGAUCAUGGAGCGUCCCGGAGAGUGGGUGCGGCGUCUUGGGUACUUGGAGAUGUUCAUGGCUGUAGGGGGUUACUAUGGCACCCUCAACACUGUACAGGGUCUGUGGCUCUCCUCCACACGACCCCUCCUUCCUGAAGAGGUCAGACAGGCACUCACCAUCGUAGCCCGACAAACAGCUGUGCUGCAGCUGUGUGUGGAGUGGCGGGGACUGUGGCCAUGGUUCCGUCGGAUGAAGGCUCUUCUAGUCCCCUUCAAAGUGGACCAUGACAACACCAUGUCUGUGUAUUACAAGAUGCAGCAGAUGUCAUACGAUAUGUCCCGUGGACCACUCUGGAAGGCGCGGCUAGUGCCCCUCCCUCCACGGUCUCCUGGUUGCUACGAAGCCGUCCUGGUGAUCGCUGCUCAUCACUGCAUCACGGACGGUGUCACCAACAUGGUCUUGUGCCGGGAGACCCUGGAGGUGCUCAACGCCAUCAUGAGCUGCCGUCAGCACAAAGUGAUCCCCCGUCUGGUCAUACCAAACAUAGCCGAAGAAUAUGUCUCGUUUAAAGACUGCUUCUACGUGCUCAAGUACUUUUGCUCUCAGUUUUAUUGUUGCUUAAUAAGAAACUAUAAUAAAAAAUUGUAUUUUAAUGGCGCUCUUCAGCAGCCGGCGACAAGGCUGGCAAUAACAAAAGUUCUGCACAAGGAGUAUACUGUUGAGACAUCACGGAAGCUCUUGCUACGGUGUAAAGAAGCCGGAGUUACGGUCCACUCGUGUGUCGUAGCCGCGGCAAACUUGGCCAUGUUAAGUGUGGCACAGAAAUACUCGUCGAGGAAGCUAGAUGCAGCGCUUAUCAAAGUAAUGAACUGUGUCAACAUGCGUCGUUACUGUCCUCAAGAGUACAAGGAGUCUCCUGGCUGCCACAUCUCUCUGGAAGAACAGGAACGCCUCAUCCGCAGUAGCGACGCCAGCAGUAAGGAAGACUUCUGGUGUUUGGCGAAAAUCAUAAACGAUGACCUGAAGAGAAGCCUCAUUGUGGACAAAAUCCCUAUAAAAAACUAUCCACUCGCUCUUCCAUCUACACUUUCUCUGCAUAUCAACCACCAGUUGACUCGUCUAGGACGCAAGCAUCGUACUAAUUGCCACUUCGUCACCACAAACAUGGGAGACCUCCGAGACCUGUUGCCAGGUAAAUAUGAUGGACCUGUGGAGAUCACCAACCUCUUGAGGUCCGUCUCGAGUGAGCUGACUGGUAACCCCUUCACUGUGGUCUUCCACACCUUCCUGGAGCGCUUUAUGAUAUCCCUGGACUACUACACUACCAAAGUGACGGAUGAAGUGGCCGAGCUGUUCUUCUUCACACUCACCAACUACAUCACCAACAUUGCCCACCACGGCACCGUCUUGGUGAACCCUGAAGCCUAAUAUUGUGAUGAACGAAUCCCUGUAAAACUUUUAUAUGCACAAAUACUUGUAUUACAUUUUACUAUGAUAAAAAAAAUGACCACUGGUGCUAUUCAGCAGGCGGCAGCAAGACUGGAAAUAACAAAGAUUCUGUACAAGUAUACUGGAAACAUCCGUGGCUGUUCUUCCUUUUGGGUAAAGAAACUAAGAGUUAGAGUCCACUCUUGUGUGGUAGCGGUGGCAAACUUGGCCAUGUUAAGUGUGGCACAGAAACACGUUGGGGGAAACUAGAUGUAGCUCUUGUCAACUUAAUGAACUAUGUCAACAUGCGUCGUUGCUAUCCUCAAGAUUACGAGUUUUCUGGCUCCUACCUAAAGAUGAUACCUACAUCGUACUAGGCUUCACUAAGAUGAACUCGUGUGUAAUAUUGUAAACUAUGGUUAAUUUUAGAAAAAAACAACUUGCAGCUUUAUAUAUCACGAUUUAUAACAAUUCACUCGGAUUUAUGUAACUUCAAGCAUUAGAUAAUUGUUUAUAAUUUAUAUAUAUUUUCAAAUGAUUAUUAAUUUUUAAUAUUUAUUAUUGUCUCCUGUUCUCUUGAUUUUCUUGGCACAGGUCAAAUAU